AUGAAAAGAACAUCUGCAUAUCACCGAAAGGCUGGUCGACACGUGCACAUGGUCAUGAAUGCAAGUCAGACGACGAACCAAGCCGAGAGCGACGAAGAUGGCGUAGAUUCGGCGACUUCUCUUCCUAGAUCUCCGAAAAGAGCGAGAACUGAAAUGAGCUCGAGUGACGACGACGAUGAUCUGGAGAUUAUUGAAACUGUGGACGGAUAUCCGAAGCCUGAGCCAGUUGAUUUCGAUUUUGAAGAACUCCUCAAUAGAGAUUCAACCUAUAAUUUGCUCAUCGAUCAUUCGCAAGAAUAUAAAGAAGUGAUGAUGGAAGAGAACAAUCAGCCAACUAUUUAUGUGAAAUCUGGGAACAUCCCACGAAAGGUCGACAAAGGACCGAGUAUUCCUCGAAGGAAACCGAAGAACUCAGUGUUCAAAAACGAUAAGAAAGUUCCCAUGAGGGACUUCACGACGGAUGAGGAGGAGAAGACACCGCGAUGUGUGUACUGCCAUUAUCAUCAUCAUUCCAAUCGAUGCGGGCACACGAAAGGAACUUUCGAAAGAAAGAAAAUCCUCGACAAAGACAACCGUUGCCACUUGUGCCUGGCAAAACGAGAAGGAAGACAUUGUUGCACCUAG